AUGGGUAUACAGGGUAUACAGGGUAUACAGGGUAUACAGGGUAUACAGGGUAUACAGGGUAUACAUGGGUAUACAGGGUAUACAGGGUAUACAGGGUAUACAGGGUAUACAGGGUAUACAGGGCAUACAGGGUAUACAGGGUAUACAUGGGUAUACAGGGUAUACAGGGCAUACAAGGCAUACAGGGUAUACAUGGGUAUACAUAGGCAUACAGGGUAUACAGGGCAUACAUGGUAUACAGGGUAUACAAGGUAUACAGGGUAUACAUGGGUAUAGGGUAUACAUGGGGGCAUACAGGGCAUACAUGGGUACAGGGUAUACAGGGGCAUACAGGGUACACAUGGGGUAUACAGGGUAUACAGGGUACAGGGUAUACAUGGGCAUACAGGGGCAUACAGGGUAUACAGGGCAUACAGGGCAUACAGGGCAUACAUGGCAUACAGGGUAUACAUGGGUAUACAGGGUAUACAUGCAUACAGGGUAUACAUGGGCAUACAGGGUAUACAGGGUAUACAGGGCAUACAUGGGUAUACAGGGUAUACAGGGUAUACAGGGUAUACAUGGCAUACAGGGUAUACAGGGUAUACAGGGUAUACAGGGUAUACAGGGCAUACAUGGUAUACAGGGUAUACAUGGGUAUACAGGGUAUACAGGGGUAUACAGGGCAUACAGGUAUACAUGGGUAUACAGGGUAUACAUGGGUAUACAGGGUAUACAGGGUAUACAGGGUAUACAGGGCAUACAGGGUAUACAUGGGUAUACAGGGUAUACAGGGUAUACAGGGCAUACAGGGUAUACAGGGGUAUACAGGGCAUACAGGGUAUACAGGGCAUAAGGUAUACAUGGGUAUACAGGGUAUACAUGGCAUACAGGGUAUACAUGAGUAUACAGGGUAUACAUGGGCAUACAGGGCAUACAGGGUAUACAGGGUACAUGGCAUACAGGGGUAUACAGGGUAUACAGGGUAUACAUGGGUAUACAGGGUAUACAGGGUAUACAGGGUACAGGGUAUACAGGUAUACAGGGGUAUACAGGGUAUACAGGGUAUACAUGGGUAUACAGGGUAUACAGGGUAUACAGGGUAUACAGGGUAUACAUGGGUAUACAGGGUAUACAGGGUACAGGGUAUACAGGGUAUACAUGGGUAUACAGGGUAUACAGGGUAUACAGGGUAUACAAGGUAUACAUGGGUAUGCAGGGUAUACAGGGUAUAUACAGGGUAUACAAGGUAUACAGGGUAUACAUAUCAUACAAAGUUAAACAUACAGGUAUAAACAGGAAACGAUACAUUUCAGGGUAUAAAGGGUUUGCCUCCAAACAUGAUUUAAGAGUACGCCCGCUCAGUUUUACGGUUUACUAUCAGCUGUUCAACGAAUUCGCAAAAAUGUUACCGAUACUGCUGAGACAAAAGACUAUAACUUUGAAACACUGAGUGAAAACUGAAUUGUUAAAAGAGAAAAGCUAGGUCCAAUAAUUUACCAAAAGCUGACCAGAGCCAGUAGUUUAACCGCACGUAAAAGCCAACUACAAUGACUUCAAGACUGUAACUACUCAGACGAAGAAGGAACUUUUAACUAAGAACUUGCCUAUUUUAUGGCAAAAAGUACGGUGCACAAAAAGCACCAAACUGAGUUCCAAUUUAUACUAUCACAUAGGCGCAUACCAACCAAUGAUUUCUGGACUUAAAAUAGGACGAAAAAGAAAAUGACAUAUAUGCCUUUUGCAACAAUUCCUCAGACACGCUAAUUCAUCUUUUUGGUCUCGCCAUGUUACAUGAGCAUACAGGGUAUAAAGGGUAUACAUGGGUAUACAGGGGUACAUGGGUAUACAGGGUAUACAGGGUACACAUACAGGGUAUACAGGGUAUACAGGGUAUACAUGGGUAUACACAGGGAUACAUGGCAUACAGGGUAUACAUGGGUAUACAGGGUAUACAUGGGUAUACAGGGUAUACAGGGUAUACAGGGUAUACAGGGCAUACAGGGUAUACAUGGGUAUACAGGGUAUACAGGGCAUACAGGGUAUACAUACAGGGUAUACAGGGUAUACAGGGCAUACAUGGCAUACAGGGUAUACAUAGGCAUACAGGGCAUACAGGGUAUACAGGGCAUACAGGGUAUACAUACAGGUAUACAGGGUAUACAGGGCAUACAGGGUAUACAGGGCAUACAUGGGCAUACAGGUAUACAUGGGUAUACAGGGCAUACAUGGGUAUACAGGGUAUACAGGCAUACAUGGUAUACAGGGUAUACAGGGUAUACAGGGUAUACAGGGUAUACAUGGCAUACAGGGUAUACAGGGCAUACAUGGGUAUACAGGUA